AUGCAAUAAAAACUGUGGAUUCCAAUUCCAAAUGAAUUUAAACCAAAACAAGAACAUUUAAUUAUUUAAGGAGAAUUCACAAAACCUAAUGGUAAAACUAGAUUUCUAUAUGGAUAUGAUAAAUACAUAGUUUGCUUUAAGGUUAGCCAUACUUUUUAUAUUAACUAGAAGGAUGAAUAGCCAAAGAAAUGUUUAAAAUUAGAAUUUGAAACUAAAUUUGAAAUUUUAAGAUAAGCAAUAUAGAAAAAAGAUGAGGAUGAUGAUUCACUUGGACCAAUAAUAGGAAUUUAAUUCUUGAGAGAUAUUGUAGAGAUCAUGCCUACCUAUAAAUUAAGUGCAUCUGCUAAAUUAAUACUUGAAUGGAGAUAAUAUUUAAGUCCAAGAAUCAAUCAAUGGUAAUUUCAUCAGAUGUUUCGAGUUUAUAAAAAAAUUGGAAAAGGAAAUUUUGCCUCAGUAUUAAUGUACAUUUUAUAAUAGGUCUAUAUGGCUGAAAGAAUAGAAGAUGGUGAAGAAAUGGCAAUCAAAGCGUUUGCAAAACAGGCUGCUUAUGCUGAGGAGAAUGGAAAGGAAGCAAUUUUAAAUGAAUUAGCAAUAAUGAGAAAAUUACGUAACAAACAUCUGAUGAGAAUGUUUGAAGUUUACGAAACCUAGAAUUCUUUAUAUGUAGCUUUAGAAUUGUUAGAAGGAGGCUCAUUGUAUGAUUUAAUCAAAGAAAAAGUGCCUAUCAAUACAAAAUAAAUACAAUAAAUAAUGGUGGGGAUAUUAAUUGGUCUGUAGGAAAUGCAUAAGAAGGACAUAAUGCAUAGAGACUUAAAGCUUGAAAAUAUAUUGUUUAAAACUUAGAAGUAUAAUUUAAUUCGAUCAUAUUAGGAAAAUGGAAUCAGUAGUAAUAGCUGAUUUUGGUUUAGCUACUUAUGUGAAUGAACCAGUUUAUUUAUAUUGUAGAUGUGGUACUCCUGGUUAUGUGGCACCUGAAGUUAUUAACAUAAAGGAUAUGAAAUCUAAAUACUCUUCUAUUUGUGAUAUUUAUAGUUUGGGAUUGGUCUUUUAUUUAUUAUUGACAGGUAAGCCAGCUUUCAAUGGAAAAAGUUAUGCUACUGUAGUAAAAUAAAAUAGAGAGGCCAGUAUCGAUUUUGAUAUUAAAUAAUUGUAAAAUGUUCCUGGGGCUGCGGUUGAUUUAUUAAAGUAGAUGUUAGAAAAAGAUCCAAAAAAGAGAAUAAAUGCAGAAAAAUGCUUACAUCAUCCAUUCUUAUCUGAAAUGACUAAGAUAAUGAUUGAAGCAGAAAAAGAAGAUCAAUAGCAUAUAGAUGAGGUUGAUGAGGGUAAUGAAAUUCAAAACAUAAAUAAAAUUAAUGAUGAGUAAUUCUAUAAAUAUUAUUUAGGUAUUCUAAAUUUGAUGCUACUAGAAAUAUUAAUUCUCCUCUUCAAUCACCAAAGUAAUCUCCAGGCCUCAUCAUGUAAAAAUAAAUUUAAUAAUAAAAAUAAAUUGAUUCUACUAAGGCUGUUGGAAAUGAUUCACCUUUAUUAAAAGGAAAGGUUGAUUCAAUAGAUAGUGCAUAAUCUAUUGGAACUCCUAAAAAGAAGAAUAAUUAAUAUUAACCAUCACCAUAAAUUAAACCAUCUAGAUUUGCAAAAUAAGCUGAAAAUAAUCCUUUGUUAAAAUAUGCAAAAAAGGACUGA